AUGCCAAAGGAUCCUCGACCAAGUAUUGAAUGUAUACCAGGCCCAGACUUCCAUAACAUCUCAGCAGUGCCUCCACACCACGCCGCAUUGAUGCCAAAGGAGCCCCGACCAAGUAUUGAAUGUAUACCAGGCCCGGACUUCCAUAACACCUCAGCAGUGCCUCCACACCACGCCGCAUUGAUGCCAAAGGAGCCUCGACCAAGUAUUGAAUGUAUACCAGGCCCGGACUUCCAUAACAUCUCAGCAGUGCCUCCACACCACGCCGCAUUGAUGCCAAAGGAUCCUCGACCAAGUAUUGAAUGUAUACCAGGCCCGGACUUCCAUAACAUCUCAGCAGUGCCUCCACACCACACCGCAUUGAUGCCAAAGAAACCCCUACCAAGUAUUGAAUGUAUACCAGGCCCGGACUUCCAUAACACCUCAGCAGUGCCUCCACACCAUGCCACAAUGGUGCCAAAGGAUCCUCGACCAAGCCCGGACUUCCAUAACACCUCAGCAGUGCCUCCACACCACGCCGCAUUGAUGCCAAAGGAUCCUCGACCAAGUAUUGAAUGUAUACCAGGCACGGACUUCCAUAACACCUCAGCAGUGCCUCCACACCAUGCCACAAUGAUGCCAAAGGAUCCUCGACCAAGUAUUGAAUGUAUACCAGGCCCGGACUUCCAUAACACCUCAGCAGUGCCUCCACACCACGCCGCAUUGAUGCCAAAGGAUCCUCGACCAAGUAUUGAAUGUAUAUCAGGCCCGAACUUCCAUAACACCUCAGCUGUGCCUCCACACCAUGCCACAAUGAUGCCAAAGGAGCCCAGACCAAGUAUUGAAUGUAUACCAGGCCGGACUUCCAUAACACCUCAGCAGUGCCUCCACACCAUGCCGCAUUGA